GGUGGGGGGGGCUCGCGGGGGACCUUGAGAGAAAGGAGAUGGGUUGGGUGAUCUCUGAGGGUUGAGUUCCAUUUCGCUCUGUAUUAGCAGCUAGCUAGUGGAUCCCUUCUUUUUCUGUGUCUCUGCAAUUCAGUGCUUCCUAGCCCCCGUGAUGUAUGUAUAUGGGUACUCAAAAAAGUGUUUGAAGCAGCCGCCUCCUCUUCUAGGGAGACUGAUUGCCCAGCUUGAAUUGCUUCCGCAAUGCAUGCACCUUUGGAGAAGCGUAGGUUUCAUUUGUUUGGGACCACCGAUUGUUGUCAAGGUCCGCAGGGAAUCUGAACUCCUCAGACGUAGCAGGGCGGAAAUAGGCUUUAAAGGAAAAGCCUUGUGUUACCUUUUUCAUUUGUGCAAUUAGUUUAACAACUCUUUGGAAGCCAGGCAUUGGUAUUUUUUGUGUUCUUAUCAACAUUGAAACUCAUAUAUUAGUGUCUUUCCUGUUUGAGAAGGGAGAAAAUGGCAAUCAUCUAUUCCACAUGAAAUUUACAAUGCGACCGUUGACCAAUGAAUGGCCUCUUUCUUACUUCUUAAAAGAUUUUAUUUGAGUGUAAUUUUGGUGGAGUGGUGAGGACGAAACUAAGGAAGGUUAAUUCUAAUCUGCCUGUAUUGCAGUGUGAGAUGGGGAUGGGGAUUGAGUCAUUUCUUGAUUCAAUUAAUUAAAUAUUCCCGGUUUAGGGUAAUUUAUAUAAAAUUAAUUAAUUAAUUAUUAAACAUUGGUUUUAGGGAUUUUAUAUGGAUGCCUUAUCUUCUAGUUUCUACAAUUUUUACUUGCAGGUAAUAAAAAAAAAAAAAAAAAGCCCCAAUUCAACGCUGUUGUUCUAUUCUGACCCUUGUUGGCAUGAAAAAGAAAUAAAAAAAAAAUCACUUAUUUUAUAUAUAUAUAUAUUUAUAUAGUAAGCACAUGAGUCAACUCUUGUCCCCUUGUAUGGUGCUUGUUCUUAAUAGUCUUUUUUGUCUUUCUUCUUCUCUACGGAGGAACAAAUGCUCGUGCCGUGCCGAUGUAGGUAGGAGAGACAGUGAAGUCCAGGUGAAGAUUAUUAAGUAGGGCAGAAAUGUACAAAAGUCAGCUUCAAGAACUUGCGCAGAGGAGUUGUUUCAACCUGCCUUCUUACGCGUGCAUCAGAGAGGGCCCCGACCAUGCGCCUCGAUUCAAAGCCUCUGUGAACUUCAAUGGUGAGAUCUUCGAAAGCCCCAUUUACUGCAACACCUUAAGACAGGCUGAGCAUGCAGCUGCCGAAGUAGCUCUCAAUGAGCUUUCUACGAAAGGUCCUUCUAGGUCCCUAACUGCAAGGGUUCUUGAUGAGACGGGAGUAUACAAGAACCUCCUUCAGGAAACUGCACACAGAGCAGGCGUGAAGCUGCCGGUCUACACCACGGUGAGAUCAGGGCCUGGCCAUGUCCCAGUUUUUACUUCUACUGUAGAGAUUGCUGGUUUGAGUUUUACAGGCGAGUCAGCCAAGACGAAGAAGCAAGCUGAGAAAAAUGCUGCCAUUGCAGCCUGGUCCGCUUUGAGAUCAAAGAAUCAUCUAGCCGCUGCUUCUGGUUCGUUGUUGUCUGAGUUAUCAAGUAAAGAAACAAACAAUCGAGAAGGAGAGGAUCAGGUCCUUCUUGUGGCGAGGGUCCUCUCCAAUAAUUUGAGACCCAAUAAAGAUGAAAGUAGCAGACAAGUUAGAAGGAAGGGUCACAACAACCAAACAAGAAGAAGCGUGAGGAGUCGCUCUAUUGCUUCUUCCGGUAGUGUUAGUUACCAUCCUGCGCCUCACCCCUUGGAUAUACCACUAUUCGACUCUGCUUCAGAUGGUGAUGGCGAUGAUCCAACACAAAAACAGAAACAAAAACACAAACACACGAAGAGCUUUGUGUCCCUUCACCCUCCAGCCUCUCCCAGUGCCACUUCAAAAAUCCUAACCCCACCGGCUUUGAUGAACAUUCCCAUUGCAAACGACGAGUCUGCCGCUGCCAAUUCUUCAAGUACUAUUAUGGGCUGUGACUCGAUUCAUCCACUGCUUAACACCAGGAAGCUAAGCCCAUCAUCAUCAGCACCACCACCAAUAUUGUUUGAUUGGAGCAUCCAAAAUAAUGAGCAAACAACAACCCAUGUCAGAAGCAGGCUUCUAGUACCUCCUGAACCUACUUCUACUACUACUCUUCCAAUAUCUCCAUCUCCUCCGGUGGGCAUGCGCAGGGGGGUGGUUACAUACAAUGGUAUUGGUGGUGGGGGAUACAGCCACCCAGAAAGGAUUGCUCAGGCUGUUCAAAUCAGGUCAGUGAUCCCAGUUUGUGCAGCGAGACCCACUCCAUCGCGCAUUAUUAUAGAAUCUGCUGCUUCAACGUCCACAGUCCAACACACAGGAGGAGAAGGAGCAGGAGAAGAUGCUAAUUCGUCGUCCGCCUGCAGCCCCAGCAAUCAACAGUCAUACUCCACCCGACUCUGCUCCGUGUUCAGCAACAAGUUACAGUUGUGAUGAAGAAGAAAAAAGAAAUGUAGCUUAAUACAAUUAGAGCAUCUUUGUCCUAGCUUUUUAUAGGUUUAGCCGCCUUCAUCUGCUUAAAAAAAUUGUUAUUAACCACACAGCUUGCUUGUGCUUGGGCGGGCAUGGGAAUUAAAGGCGGCCAUGAAUAUAUCUGUCUCUGUAA